AUGUCCACCGGAACUUCCGUGUCGUAUCUAAAUCUCUCCACCAACCGCCCAGCAGAAUGGAUGUCUCCGCCACCGGCUGUCGUGUCCAUCGUGCUAUCUGCGAUUCGAUGUUGCGAUAACGCAUCUGGCGUCCUUCGAUCCUUAAGAUACUUCUGCUACCUUCUACGCCGUCUCUGGAACCGUCCCUCGUGCGAUAGACCGUCGGCACUACGCUCCGACCCGCUCCGACUGAUAGCUGGCUUACAUCGCGGGCAGGCGAGGUAUCUAGCUCCUCCUGCGAGGCUCUUAAAGUCAUCAGAGUCGUCGUCCGUGGGGCAGUGGAACCAGGAUGAGGCACAUCGGAAGUCCGAAGUUACAUUUCAUAUACUCGACCGCUUUCCCCCGCAAGUUGAGCGCAAAUGCGGUGUCUGUUACAUCGCGGUCGAUGGCGAGCCGUUGUACCAGCGUCCUCCAGGCACCCGGUAUACCCGUAUUCUCGCUCAGCUGAUCGUGUAUCUUCAGCUGAGGCAGCGCGAUGGGCAUCCAGAUCUCAAGUUGAUUCUUGCGAAACACACCCGAUCAAACGUAUAUCUAUGCCUCCAUAUCCUGACCGUCUCUCACUUCAUUAUGGCUGCCGCUCUCGUAGAUCGCGUAGCUGAUCUGUUCAAGUCCAACCUCGACAUCAAUGCCUCCACGCCGGAGGUGACGUCCGAGAAGCAUGCCCCUGUUGACGUCGUAGAAGUCGUUGUCGAGCCUCCAAAGCAGCCCGAUAUCCUGUACCUCCCGAACGAAGCUAAAUGGAAAGCUCGCACCGCCCGCCGUCUCGCUGAGGACCCUUCGCUGCCCAAGACUGCACUUCCAGAGGGAUUCCCGAAGAAGCUCGAGUCGCCGCUCGUUUGGGAGGGCAAAGACUGGACGGACGCGGCGCAGUGGGAGUAUAAGCUCUCUGCUGAACAGCUGAAGGAGAUUGACGAUGCGCUUAAGCACUUCAAGGGUCAGAACAAACCUCUCGGGUACCUCUCUCCCUCGACCUUCCCUCUGCCGACCCUGGGCCCCAUUCUCAAGGACCUCUCGCACGAACUACACACCGGACGUGGCUUCUUCGUCGUCAAGACUAUACCCGUCGACGCCUACACCCGCGAAGAGAACACCAUCAUCUACGCUGGGGUCUCCUCAUACGUCGGCCCCCUCCGCGGGGUCCAGGACCUGGACGGUGUCUCCGUCGUCGGCCACAUAAAGGACCUGACGCAGACGCACCCGCUCAAGAGCAUUGGCUUCCCGGCGUGGACGACGGACAAGCAGGUGUUCCAUACGGAUGCGGGGGAUAUCAUCUCGCUGUAUGUGCUGGAGACGGCGGAGGAGGGGGGCGUUUCGAGGAUUGGGAGUAGUUGGAGGGUGUAUAAUGAGUUGGCGGAGACGAGGCCGGAUUUGAUUAAGACACUUGCGGAGCCUUGGCCUCUCGACGGCUUCGGCGGCAAACCAGCGUACACCACCCGCCCGCUUCUCUUCCAUGUCGACAACAAGAUUAUCAUCCAAUAUGCCCGCCGCCUCUUCACCAGCUUCCCCAGCAUGCCUCGCUCGGAGGGCAUACCGCCCAUCACCGAGGCGCAGGCCGAGGCACUCGACGCCAUCCACUUCCUCGCGGAGAAGCACGCGCUCGGGCUCAGCUUCGAGAAGGGCGACAUCCAGUAUAUCAAUAACCUCAGUGUAUUCCAUGCUAGGGAUGCGUUUAGGGAUACCCCAGAGCAUAAACGGCACCUCCUUCGCCUUUGGCUUCGUGACGAGGAGAAAGCGUGGAAGCUUCCCUCCGAGCUCGAGCCGCAGUGGAAGAAGAUCUACUAUUCGUCAACGCCUGAUACCGAGUACUUCCCAUUGGAACCUGAACCGCGCGGCCUGUCGACGCUAGAAAAGACGAAGGAGACGGACGAGAACAGCGAGAAUAAGUGA